AAAGCACCCCCUGCAGAGAGGCUGAGAAGAAAGGGCCUUGAGAAAGAGAACCAAAUCCUUUCCUUAACAUUCACGCCUCCAUUAACACCCCUUCCUCUCUCUCUCUCUCUCUCUCUUUCUCUCUCUGACUGGUAAAUUUACUCUUCCUCAGAUUUUCUCUCUCCAUCUCUCACUUCUCAUAAAAACUCUGUUCCUCUCUCUCUCUCUCUCUGCUUUUAUAUGCAUUUAAAAGCCUCAGUCCCCAGGCACCACCCCUGAUACCCUCAGAGUCUUUGGAGUUCCUCUCCCUUCCUAUCCCUAACCACACUCCUCUCUCUUUAAAUUCUCCUCCCCAUCUUUCCUCAGCAGAAAACCUACAGGGGAGAAAGAUAAAAGAAACAGAGCUUUUACAUAGUCAAGAAACAGGGGAAGUAAAAAAAAGAAAGAAACAGAGCAUUCUUUUUCUUUUCUUUUCUUGCGAUUUUCCUACAUGGGUUCUUGCAAAGAGAAAAGGGAAGAAUCAGCCAAGUGUGUGUGGGUUAAUGGGCCUAUUAUUGUAGGUGCUGGACCAUCUGGUCUAGCUGCCUCUGCUUGCCUCUCUGAACAUGGAGUACCUUCUGUGAUUCUUGAGAGAAGCAACUGCAUAGCUUCUCUAUGGCAGAACAAAACCUACGACCGCCUCAAACUCCACCUCCCCAAACAAUUCUGCGCCCUUCCAUUACUAGGCUUCCCAGAAAAUUUCCCGAAAUACCCAACAAAAGAUCAGUUCCUUUCAUACAUGGAAUCCUAUGCUUCCCACUUCUCAAUCCACCCCCGGUUCAACCAGGCUGUCCAGACCGCCGAGUUCGAUUCCUCUUGUGGGUUUUGGAGGGUCCGGACUCAAGACUUGGAGUACAUUUCCCGGUGGUUUAUCGUCGCCACCGGCGAGAAUGCCGAGCCGGUCAUACCGGAGAUUGUUGGGAUGGAGCGGUUCCGCGGCCCUGUUGUUCAUACCAGCGCGUAUAAGUCCGGCUCCGACUUCGCUAAACAGAAGGUUUUGGUCGUCGGCUGCGGCAAUUCCGGCAUGGAAAUUAGCUUGGACCUCUGUAGACACAAUGCUGUUCCUCAUAUGGUUGUUAGAAAUACUGUGCAUGUUCUUCCAAGAGAAAUGUUUGGGUGCUCAACAUUUGGCAUAGUAACGGCUCUUCUCAAAUGGCUUCCUCUAAGCCUAGUAGACAAAUUCCUCCUCCUUGUGUCUAAUCUCACCCUAGGCAACACAGACCAACUCGGCCUCCGCCGGCCGAAAACCGGUCCAAUUGAGCUCAAAAACGUCACUGGAAAGACCCCCGUCCUCGAUGUCGGGGCUCUCUCCCAAAUCAAAUCCGGCAAAAUCAAGGUGAUGGAAGGGGUGAAGGAGAUAACAAGAAAUGGAGCAAGAUUUAUGGAUGGACAAGAGAAGGAGUUCGAUUCAAUAAUCUUAGCAACAGGGUACAAAAGCAAUGUGCCCAGUUGGCUCAAGGGGUGUGAUUUCUUCACAAAGGAUGGAAUGCCGAAAACGCCCUUUCCUGACGGUUGGAAAGGAGAGAACGGGUUGUAUACAGUGGGGUUCACGAGAAGAGGCCUCCUCGGGACGGCCUCUGACGCCGUUAAAAUUGCUAACGACAUCGCUGACCAAUGGAGGACGACGAGGGACUGUAGGACUUACCGUAAUUCCCAUAUUAUCCUUCUGAAAAUAAAUUGUAGAGAGAGAGAGAGAGAGUGAGAGAGACAUUGGCUUUAAUUUUUCGGGGGUUUAGGGUUUUUCUUCACUUUAAUUUGUCGGGACUUGUAAAUGCGUCAAUUUUGCACAUCUUCUUCCUUCUCUUGUCAAGAUGUUGGUUAGUUUGUGUAAAUGCAAUUUUUAUUAUUAGAAUGCCUUCUUUCUU